CUAUAUAUUAAAGCUUCCCCACCUCCAAGCCUCUAUUCUUUUACACCCACCAAAAAACUGGCCAAACAGCAAAGCCAAUCACACUGAACUUGCAAAGAUCUACAAGAAGAAAAUAUGAUCCAGGAACUGUUGGGAGGUGCAGGCCUUAUAGCAGGAGAGAGGAAAAUCUCUACUAAUGGAGUAGUAUUACAAACCAGUACUCCACCUUCUUCUCCAUCUCCUGCACCAUCUCCUUCUUCCUCAACUACAACAGCUACUACAGCUACAACAACAUCAAAUUCUGAUAACCAAAACUUGAGGUGUCCAAGAUGCGAUUCUUCCAACACAAAGUUCUGUUACUACAACAACUACAACCUCACUCAGCCUCGCCACUUCUGCAAGACUUGUCGCCGUUAUUGGACCAAAGGUGGUGCCCUCCGAAAUGUUCCAAUUGGAGGUGGUUGCAGAAAGAACAAGAAUGGUACAAUCUCAACCUCAGUUUCCAAGUCAAGCUGUAGCAAGAUCAAGACCUUAACAUCUGAGUUUGGAAGGUCAGGCCUCGGAACUGGCUUCGAUCAUGACCUUUCAUCAAGCCCAAUUCUGUGGGGUUCGCCACAGAAUUCUCAUCUCUUGGCUUUACUAAGAGCUACUCAAAACCCUAACCCUAACCAUAGCCCUAGUCCCUUGUCUAAUUCUGUUCAUGUGAAGGAAGAAGGAAAUAUGGUUGGAUCCCACUUGAUGACUGAGCCAGUGGUUUCAACUGGUACAUUAAAUGCUCGAACCCUGGGCUUGGACCCUCUUGGCCAUGGCCAGGUCCCUUCUCUUGGUCUAUGCAGCUCUUUCUGGAGAAACAAUCAACAUCAAGCUCAACAACAAAAUGGGUUUGUAAGUAAUGGUGAAGUUCAAAACAGUAAUUCUGGGAUUCAGGAACUAUAUCAGAGGCUCAGAUCAUCAAGUAAUUACUAUGGUCAUGAUCACUCACCAGUGGUUCUAAGCAACUUGGCUUCUUCAUCUUCCGCUUCCUCAUCUAUUUUGGAGUCAGCUUCUGUUGCUGGAGGUGAAUUGGGAUACUGGAAUCCAACAUUUUCUUGGUCUGAUCUUCCAACAACUAAUGGUGCAUAUCCUUAGAAAUCUUUUCUUUCCUUUUUUUCCUUCUUUAUUAGGAUUGUCGGCGCCUUGUGGUGUCUGUUUGGGUUGUGGUAUAUGAAAGUGGCUGUAGCAUCAGUACUUUUUUUUUUUUUUUUUUAAUCUAUCUGUAUGUGUGUUUUUAGGUGUGUUUACUUAUGAGGGUGUACCAAGGACCAAGAAGUGAUAAAAAUGGAAAAUAUUAGGUUUUUUGAAA